AUUAAACUAAUAUUUAAAAAAAAUGACCACUCUCCUCACUGCCCGUUUCACUUUUUCUUUCUCUUUGAUCUCCGCCGUCCGAUUAAUCAGGUGACCGGCAUUCCGGUGAUCUGGCUUUCUGCCUCGUUGAAUCAACGGUCAUGAGUCUGCAAAUACCGUUCAUAGGUUCCGACCAAUCACAAUAUAACAACAUUCGUCUGUUUGUGGUUCCAAAAAUUAGGGUUUUCAAUGUUGAAGAAGAUCAUAAAAGGAGCGCGAAAGCCCUCCAAAUCGGAUCCUAACGAUACGUCUCUUUACGUAUUCACUCCGCCUGCGGGUCGAAACCCGGGCUUAAAUGUUGUAGUAAAUCAUGCUUCUCGGGUCGGGCCGGGUCAACAGAUUCCGAGCCCCGGUGGGGCAGGGAUGGUGGUGGCGACUCCCCCACCUAUGGUUAGCAUAGAAUCGCUGCCGCUCUUUCGUGACGUGCCAGUUUCUGAUCGGCAGAAUUUGUUUUUGCGAAAACUUCAAGUUUGUUGUUUUUUAUUGGAUUUUUCGGAUACUACGAAAAGUGUUCGUGAAAAGGAGAUUAAGAGACAGACGUUACUGGAGCUUGUUGAUUUUAUUCAAUCCGGGUCGGGUAAAAUCACUGAGACUUGUCAAGAGGAAAUGAUUAAAAUGAUUUCGAUUAAUUUAUUUAGAUGUAUGCCUCCGGCCUCUCAUGAAAACACAGGGCAAGAAGUGGGUGAUCCGGAAGAUGAAGAACCGUAUUUGGAACCAUCUUGGCCUCAUUUGCAGCUUGUUUAUGAGUUGCUUUUGAGAUAUGUUGUGUCUUCUGAUACAGAUACUAAGAUUGCCAAGAGGUAUAUCGAUCAUUCAUUUGUGUUAAAAUUGCUUGAUUUGUUUGAUUCUGAGGACCCACGAGAAAGAGAGUAUUUGAAAACUAUUCUGCAUCGGAUUUAUGGCAAGUUUAUGGUUCAUCGUCCCUUUAUUAGAAAGGCAAUUAAUAAUAUAUUCUAUCGAUUUAUAUAUGAGACUGAGAGGCAUAGUGGUAUUGGUGAGCUUUUAGAGAUUCUUGGCAGUAUAAUUAAUGGGUUUGCAUUGCCAAUGAAAGAAGAACAUAAGUUAUUCCUUGUUCGAGCACUUAUACCAUUACAUAAACCCAAACCCAUUGCUAUGUAUCAUCAGCAACUGUCUUAUUGUAUUACCCAGUUUGUUGAAAAGGAUUACAAGCUGGCUGAUGCAGUUAUUAGAGGGUUGUUGAAGUACUGGCCUGUGACUAAUUGUCAGAAGGAAGUUCUCUUUCUUGGGGAACUUGAAGAAGUGCUAGAAGCUACACAGGCUGCUGAAUUUCAGCGCUGUAUGGUUCCUCUUUUUAGACAGAUUGCCCGCUGCCUUAAUAGUGCUCAUUUUCAGGUUGCAGAACGAGCCCUCUUUUUGUGGAAUAAUGAGCACAUCGUGAGCUUAAUCGCCCAAAACAGGAAUGUCAUAUUACCUAUCAUUUUUGAGGCACUGGAGAAGAAUAUCCAGAGUCAUUGGAACCAGGCAGUCCAUGGGCUAACUGUUAAUGUUCGGAAGAUGUUCUUGGAAAUGGAUAUGGAAUUAUUUGAAGAGUGCCAGAUUCAGUAUACAGAGAAACAGUCGAGGGCCAAAGAGAUGGAAGAACAGCGAGAGUGGACAUGGAAGAGGCUGGCAGAUGUGGCAGCUGAGAGAGGGGGAGAGGAUAUGGUUACGGCCUAACUGAUUGCUGUGAGUCAGAUGGCCCAUCCUAAAAACAUGGAUGGUUAGACAGUAAAGAUGACAAUGGAUAGCUCAUCCCUGUUUUGGUGACAUUUUUUUCCCCUCUAAAAUUUUAUUCUCUUUAAUAUUUAUAUAUAUAUAUAUAUAUUUUUUUUUAUCUCAUUAAAGAUAUCAGAAAACAGCAGCAGCAUAAUAUGUAAUUUAACCAGUGUGGAAUUUGUUAGUAUGAUGCUGCUGAUUAAGAAUUAUUUCUAAAGGAUAUGUUGUAAUUUUGUUCACCCAUAUUUGCUCCUAUACAAAACCAAAAAAAAAAAAAAUUGAGUCA